AUGCUUGGAGUAGAUCUUGGAGGUUCAUUUACAAAAAUGUGCUUUAUUGGAAAAGAUGGAAAUAAGCAACUAUUCUGCAUCCCAACAUUAAUUGAAGAAAUCAAAAAUUUCUUUCAAACAGAUGAAAACGGCGAAUUAAAAAUCGAACAAAUUCAUGAGAAAAUCGAGAAAAUAUGCAUAACUGGUGGUGGAUCCGUUAAAUUCCGUGAAUUUUUCGAGCAAAUUAAACCAAAACCUGUCAAACUCGAUGAACUAGGAACACAAGCUUUUGGAGCUGCUCAUUUACUUAAAGACCGAAGCAAUGUUAAAAUUUUGGGCCCUCAAAUAGAAGAUUUAAUUCCUUGUAUCAUUAUUUCAAUGGGAACAGGC